ACGCGCUAUGAGUAAGAGGGCUUUUUAAACCUGGAAUUACUUGAGGCUACAUUGAGCUACGUAUGGGAAACAAUAUUUUCUCUUGAAAUAAACAUCCAAAUGGCAAUAGUUAGGACCUAAUAGUUUUUCCACUGGACUUGAAUGAUGGAUCUCGGCGACUCUUUUGGAUACUCUAAGGAAGACCUUCACACUUCAACACACCUGCUGUAAUUGUAGUAUAGAUAGGCCUACCAUUUUCCUCAUAUGCGUACCAUGAUGUGUUUCUCCUGAACACUUUGAAGAAGGUGUUUCACAUCUGAAAGUUGGUGUGUGAAUGGAAUCAAACUCAUAAACUAACAAGGGACACAGAGUGGACAGGUCAAGCGGAUAUCCGAAACCAGGGGACUCUGUUGGAUAACUUUGGACCCGUUGGUCUCUUGCUCUCCGUGAAGAAAUACAUGUGGAAUUGGAUUACAUAACAAGAGAAUGUAUGGAAUAAAUCAGCGCUGUAUUUACAUAUCUUUUCAUUUCUUCGUGCUGUGGUGCCAUGCUCAGGGGGAGAAUCACCCGUCUCCUAAUUUUAACCAGUAUGUGAGGGAGCAGGGCGCAGUGACGGACCAGUUUAGUCGGCGACAGGUCAGGGUUUACCAACUAUACAGCCGGACCAGCGGGAAGCACGUCCAGAUACAGGGCAAGAGGGUCACUGCCACUGCUGAGGACGGCAACAAUUACGCACGUCUCUUUGUAGAAACUGACACCUUUGGCAGUCGGGUUCGGAUCAAAGGUGCAGAGAGUGGACGUUACCUCUGUAUGAACGGGAAGGGGAAACUAGUUGGAAAGCUUAAUGGAAGAAGCAGGGAUUGUAUCUUCACAGAGAUUGUUCUGGAGAACAAUUACACUGCCUUCCAGAAUGCCAAGUAUGAGGGCUGGUAUGUGGCUUUCACUAGGAAAGGUAGACCCAUCAAAGCCUCAAAGACGAGGGAGAACCAGAGAGAGGUCCAUUUCAUCAAGAGGCUACACAAGGGCCCACUACCUUUCCCCAACAUGGAUAGAAUCAAACACUUUGAGUUCAUCAGUUUUCCCCCCACCCGUCGCGCAAAACGGAACAGGAAAUCACAGGCUGCUGCCUAGUACAGAACAAAUUGGACUCAUAUUAUUGAGUAAAAAUAUGGAACUUUAUAUUUUUAAUACGCGAAGAUACUUAAAAUGCUCAAAAGUCUAAAAGAUUAUUGUUGUAAAAUGAUCCCAUGUAAAUAAUGUAAGAGAGUAAAUGAGAUUGAUGUAUAUAUUUAA